AUGAGCGACGGGUCCGAACCCCCAAAACGCCACUGGCAUGGAACUGUAGGUGACCGCUACGAACAACCCAGUGUCUGGGUUGUAGGCGGCACUAUGCAAACCUCGCCCGGCAGAAGACCCUCUACCGACAUGGACGACAGACAUGACUCAACGUCAUCCGAGUCGUCCAACACUUCUGCCCAAGGAGCAAGCCCUCCACGCACUAGGAGCGGGGAGCGGAGACGGUCAAGUCUCUUUGAAAGCUUGAACAGCACGAAGCGGAAUGCCACUGAUCCUAACGCGGCUGCUCGUCGGCAGAGUUGGUUGGAGCAGUCUGAGCAGGGUGGCAUCCUCUCGAAGCUCUGGAAUACGUACACCAGGGGCCGUUGA